AUGUCGGCGUCGCUCGAGACAACCGAGACCAGCCAUAUCAACGCAGCGGCAACCAACCAGCCGGCCGGAGAGGUACCGCCGCUCGAAGAAGAUGCAGCCGGAAUUGCCGCGCCGCCAGCACCCGACAUGCACGAGAACGCUGCCGCGCCAGAGACCACCGAGGUGCCCACGACAACUGCGACCGCGCCGCUUCUCGUGGCCGUCAGUAGUGUCCCACCCGCACUGCCGCGUCAAAAGCCUCAGAAAAGAGUUCAGUUUGCAUCGCCCAAACGCCGGGCGCUCUCGUAUGCAACCAAAGCGACGCCCGCGGGCACGACGCCUCGUCGCUUUCCAAUCGUUUUUGGCCGAUCUUCACACCGCGUCGUCGUGACGGCGCCGAUCGAGCAGCUCGUGGCGGCCGAGGCAGCGUACACACUACCACCGAUGGCGCCGCUGUUGUGGAAGGAGCGCUUUGCACUCGGGUACGCCGGUACGAAGCGCGUGUUAGCACUGCGCGCCAGUGCGCCGAUCGUCGACGAGCUCACAUUUUCGAGCAAGGACGCGGGUUUCUCGCGUCCGCUGGUUCUCGCACUUGGCGCGGCGUACUGCACGACGAUCACAUCGAUUGCCAUGCCACGCUGCGGCCUGGAUAGCGCGACGGCCCUCGCCUUGUUUCGCCUGCUGAAAUCGAGUACUUCGAUCUCGUCCAUCGAUGUGUCGGACAAUGGCCUUGGUGACGACGACAUGCCCGCGCUCUGCGCUGCGCUGCGCAUUAACACGUCGCUGACGCGGCUUGUGCUCACGCGCAAUGGCCUCUCGGCGCGGAGCUUGCGGUGUCUCGCACUGGCGCUGCAAGACAACAUGGACGGCAGUCUCCUCUCGCUCGACUUAAGCUACAACCCGCUACUGGCCGCGAGUUCGCAGCUGCUCGCCGACUGUUUGAGUGUCAACGAGACGCUGACGAGUCUCAACGUCGCGGCCACGCACGUCGUAGAGUCGAUCGUGCUCUCGGGGCUGUGGCGAAACUACACAUUGCACGAGCUCCAGCUGCAGCAGCUCGACGGGCCAUCGCCUCGUAUGGCGACCGACGAGAACGGCCGGCUCGCGCAAGACCACUUGAACAUUUCGCACGCACCCGAAGUCAUUGAGGGCUUGCGCCGAGCAACCUCGGGCUUGGCUCACUGCAAUCUCACGGGCGUGCUGCUGCCGAUCCAGACCAUCAAGAGCUCGCGCUGGAUCCGGUUGCCAGCGGCAUCGCUCAACGAGCUCGACGGACGCGUCAUUGCGGGCUUGUUGCACCAAAAUCUCUCGCUGCUCGAGCUCGAUCUGGCGUCCAACCACCUCGGCGCGGAGUCGGUGGCCGCGAUCAUGGUCGCUAUGCAGGCAUGCCCGACGCUGCGCACGGUUGACUUGUCGGACAACGGUGUUGGCGCCUACAUUGGCGAGGCUCUUGGGCAGAGUCUCACCGCCAACACGACCGUGGGGACGGUCAAGGUAGCCGCGUUGAUCCAUGACGUUCAGCAGCUCCGCGGCAACAGCGACGAGGUCGACGAACUCAACAUCACAAAAGAGAUGCUCGCAGAGCCACUGGACUUUUGGAUUGUCACGAUGCUACUGGGCGUGAACCGAAGAACGGUGAUCUUCAACGAGCUCCAGAUUCCGCCGUUGGAGGACCACAUUGACUACUGCCAUACGCACCUCGCCGAUUACGAAGCGUCUUUUCUCGCGGUGCGCAUUCGGCAUCACUCGCACCUGCAAGUGCUGCAGCUCAAUUGCUGCAGCUUGACGUCGUAUGCUGGUGUCGUGCUGGCCGACGCGCUUCGGAACCAUACCGUGCUUCAACACUGCCUCGAGCACAACCAUAGCCUUACCCAUUUGAACUUGAGCUGGAACCAACUCAACAACGACGGCGUACUCCCACUGCGCGUCUCGCUGGCCGCCAACCGGGCGCUGCGACGCCUCGAUCUCCGCGGCAACGCCAUUAGCACGAUCGGCAUCGUGGCAAUCGGCACCGGCAUCGCCGCCAAUGCGUGCUUGGAAGAGCUCUACUUGCGCUGGAAUGACGUGGCACCGCGCGGCGCGACGAGCCUCGCCACUGCGCUCACACGCAACAAGAACCUCCGCGUCCUCGACAUUGAGCAGCAGCACAUGGAAGUCGACGGCGCCGUUGCCUUUGCCGCCAUGCUUCGUAGCAACAAGGCGCUUACGGUGCUGAAUUUGCGAAGCGACCUCGUGCUACACCCGACGACGACACUCACAACGGACGGCGCGACAGCACUUGCGAUGGCCCUGCGCGAGAAUACCACGCUCAAGGAGCUCAACUUGGCCGAGAAUAGGUUGACGGUCGAAGGCUGCGAAGCGCUCAUUGGCGGUGUCGCCAAUCUACGACUGCAAAAGCUCGAUCUCUCGUACUCGGAGCUGACGAGCGAGCUCGCGGCUGCUUUCUUUGCGCAGCUCGCCCACAACACGUGCAUGGAGGAACUCAAUGUGGAACACAACAACAUUGGGCCCGACGGCUUCAAGGCGUGCUUGCGCGCGCUCUGCGUGAACCGAACGCUGCGCAACCUCAACAUUGGCUACUGCCACGUCACGGAAGAGGGUAUGAUACUCGUCGAGAAGCAGGCACGGCUCUUCGCGCUGCUCCGGCUUCGGCUCGUCGGUAACCGCGUGACGCCAAGCACCAAAGCGCGGCUACAGGCGCUGCAUGUCAGUGUCGUGCUUGAUAUUUAA